CCGGGUCGAGUUGCCGCUUACCCGGUCGUCAUCGGGAGCGUCGCAAGUCGCUCUAAAGGCGACCGACUCCUUUAAUAGUAUAAGAUAGAUCGCUUGCUCCCGAGUUUGGGGAUUUUGACCUUUCAAUCCUCUGGAUCGAAUUGGUCCCUUUUUGGUGGUUCACUCACACACAAAUGUGUUUGGCUUCAGCAGUAGUCACUACACACACCUAUAGCGCCGCUUUAACUUCUUGUUCAAACUCCAGUUCUAAGGCCAUGGCUCCAGGAAACCACCACCGUUAUUAUUACCCAGAAGUGAAAUCUCCUCUGCCGAGACAACUCCACGCUCCUUCCCCUGUCCGCAAGUUCGGCCUCUCCGCUUUGCCGAAACAGAGUCGUAGCAGCUUAGAAAGGAAGACACUUGAUUUGCCUCCUUUGGCCUAUACACAAGUGAUUGAUGUUGACGAGGUUGAUUACGUGGAGGUUAUAUCCUCCUCCUCCUCCGACGACGAGGUUGAGAUUGUUGAGAACCUUGAGAGUAGUGAAAAGGAAGAGUCUUCUUUAGACGAUGCCAAUCCGAAAAACGGGAGCUUUACUAUGGCGGUUGAUGAUUCUCAAGCUGACCCUGUGACUGAUGUCUGCAGUUUCGAAGCGUAUAGAAAGACACUCAAGAGCGCCGAGAACCGGACUUCUAAACUGAAAGCCAGAGGCUUUGGCGAUGUUUUGAGAGAAAGGUGUCGUGGUCUGUUGCGAAGCUUGCGUUCCUUUUUCAGACAAGAUCAAGAAGAACCAUUAGAUGUAAGAGGUGAACCGUUUCGAUCUCUAUCCGAGGAAGAUGUGACAGCAGUCAAGCAAGCAUUCUCAGCUAAUGUUCAGAACAUCUUGGUUACACAUGAGAGUUCAAACAUUGACAUUAGUGUGGAGAAACUGAGGUGUCUUAAACCAGGUCAAUGGUUGAACGAUGAGGUGAUUAAUCUGUAUCUAGUAUUGCUGAAAGAAAGGGAAGCUAGAGAGCCAAAGAAGUUUAUCAAAUGUCAUUUUUUCAAUACUUUUUUCUUCACCAAGUUAGUUCAUUCGGGGACUGGAUACAACUAUGGUGCAGUCAGAAGAUGGACUUCAAUGAAGAAGUUGGGCUACCAUCUCAUAGAUUGUGACAAGAUAUUUAUCCCUAUACAUAUGAACAUCCACUGGACAUUGGCUGUUAUUAACAUAAAGGAACGAAAACUCCAGUAUCUUGAUUCGUUCAAAGGAAGAGAGCCUAGAAUCCUUGAUGCGCUGGCUAGAUACUUUGCGGAUGAAGUAAAGGAUAAGAAUAAAGUGGACGUUGAUGUAAGUCAAUGGAGACAAGAGUUUGUGCAGGACCUUCCUGAGCAAAGAAAUGGUUUUGAUUGUGGAAUGUUUAUGCUGAAAUACAUGGACUUUUACAGCAGAGGUCUGGAUCUUUGUUUCACUCAGGAGCAUAUGCCAUACUUUCGGGUUAGGACAGCAAAGGAGAUUCUGCAACUGAGAGCUGAGUGAUUUUUGAAACGAGAAUUGAUGUAUAUAGCGUUGGAGAGAGUUACUGAGUUAGAUGUGUUAUUAAAUAUUUGUGUGUACAUACAAAAAGAGUAACAAUGUGGUUUGUGUUGUCUCUGAUGGUAGUGAACAUUUGAAUUAUUGUUUCACUAUCCUUUUUUUUUUCUACAAUAAUUCUAUUUUCAAUAUUAAAUUCAUUGAACUUGA